AUGAGUCGCAACGUUGAUAAGAGCCAGACGGUGCUGGCGCUGUACCAGGAGCACAAGGCUGAGUCCCGGCGGGACUACAAUCGGUACAAGCGGCCGCGGGUUGAGUCCGUGCGCGACCCUGCGGAGGCGAGGGAGUGGUACAAGCAGACGCUGCGGGAGGUGGGCGAGUGCACGAACCGGCUGUACGACCCGCUGCUGAGCGAGGAGCAAGUGCGGGAGUGCAACGCGCGUGUGAACCAGCUGAUACAGGAGAGCCAGCGGUGGUCGCGGCACCUGCGACGGUUCAAGCAGCGCCAGCGGCCGCCAGUGUAUGGCGGCGUGGUGGUGAACGGUGUGCGGUACAUAGGGCGAGCACGCGAGCUGCCCGAGGCGCGCAAGCGGCCCACCGCUGCGCGGCAGUUCACCGUCAAGCGCGCUAAGUACGUUGACUUUAGCGACAAUGGCGACUUUAGUGACAAUGGCGACUACCGCGGCACGAGCGAGCGAUUGCGGAAGGCACAUGGCAUCGCGCAGCAGGAGAGCGUGCUGGUGGAGCCACCCACCCAGCAGCAGAUGGAGGAGUACCUGGUAGAGCGACGCAAGCGCCAACUGCUGCACCAGCUAAACCUGUAA